CCACGCAUUUCCUUUCGUAUGGGCUGUUUGAGUUUUGAAGAGUGAAACGGCAGCGUUCGUUCACAUUUUGUGUAUACAAAAACAGAAAACAAAAGAGUGGGCCUACGCUAAUCUAUUCAACGCCUCUCUCUACCGCUUAUCUCUGCAAUCCUUAUCUUUAUUCUUUAUUCUUCACUCUCCAAUUUUCUUCUUCUUCUUCCUCCUUCUCCAUUUCAGUUUCUUUUCUCCUUCAAAACCCUCGACUAAUCGCCGCUCCUCAACGCCUCUUAUCUUUUCGAUUUAAUCGAGGGUUUUAUUCACUCAAACAUGGCUUUGUUCUCAAUUCUGCUGGAGAUUUUGAAACGGCCAACUAAUACCAUUGGGGAUCUCCUAAUUGACCUCUCCAUCUUUACGCUUCCUUUAUGGAUUGCGGUCAUGAUUGGAAUUUUAGUUGGAUGGACAUGGAAACCCAAAUGGGCCACUUUGGCAACUAGACAAAUUGCCUCUACACACAAACUCUCAUCGUCUCCCGCGCUGGCGCCGGCUGAAUCUUCCUCAACUUUCUUUAAUUCUUUCAAACCUCAGUUCCCAUGGGUUGCUCACCAUCCUAUUCAAAACCCUUCUUCUUCUUCCUCCACUGCGCCGCCUCUCCUUGCUGCUGAUUCCAGCAGUUCACCCCAGUUUGACAAACAACAAUCAAAAAUUGUGAAUGAUGAUGAUUUAGAGCAUUUGUGGAAAAUUGUGGAAGAGAAAGAUGGUGGCCCUGCUUGGAUUCAGAUGAUGGACCGUUCUACCCCGACUAUGUCCUAUCAAGCUUGGCGCAGAGACCCUGAGACCGGCCCUCCACAAUAUCGUAGCAGAACUGUUUAUGAGGAUGUUGUUCCUGAACUCAUGAGGGACUUCUUUUGGGAUGAUGAAUUUCGGUCCAAGUGGGACGACAUGCUUUUACAUGCUGCAACUUUGGAGGAGUGCCCAACCACAGGGACCAUGAUGGUCCAGUGGGUACGCAAGUUUCCCUUCUUCUGUAGUGACAGAGAGUACAUCAUAGGCCGUCGAAUUUGGGAAUCAGGUCGAACGUAUUACUGUGUUACGAAGGGAGUUCCUUGCUCCUCUGUGCCUAGACGCAAUAAACCUAGACGUGUUGAUUUGUAUUAUUCAAGCUGGUGCAUUCGUGCAGUUGAGUCAAAAAGAGGAGAUGGACAGCUAACUGCUUGUGAGGUGCUACUCUUUCAUCAUGAAGACAUGGGUAUUCCUUGGGAAAUUGCAAAACUUGGAGUUCGGCAGGGUAUGUGGGGAGCUGUGAAGAAGAUCGAGCCUGGUUUACGUGCAUAUCAGAAGCACAGGGCUGCCGGAGGCCCACUUACACAUUGUGCUUUAAUGGCUCAGAUAAACACCAAAGUUGGCUCAGAUUAUCUGAAAUCUCUGGAGAGCAAUACUAGUAUUUCGACAGAGGAAGAAAGUGAGGAUGUGUCCAAGAAAAUCGGGGGAAACAUGCCUAAGCUGCUAAUGGUUGGUGGGGCUAUUGCCCUGGCUUGUACUCUCGACCGGGGGUUAUUAACUAAGGCAGUUAUAUUUGGAGUAGCCAGAAGAUUUGCAAAAAUUGGGAGGAGGUUGUGAUCAAGAAUAUUUUUCGUUAUUUUACAACAUCACUGAUGACACCAAGUUCAAUUGCUGGUUGCCACAAAUUGAGAAGAGGAAUCUCCUAACCUGCUGCCCCAAUUUUCAAAUGGAUAGGAUCUUUUAAUUCAUGUUUUUUUCCCCACCGUGCUUGAGCUGUGUUGCAGCUUUAGAUCUGAAAAGGAGAAGAGAUCAUAUAGCUGUAUAUUCAUGAAAUUUAGCAAUGUCAUCAAAGAAUCUCAGGCUGCUAGAAUAACAAAAAUAUUCAGGUUCAUUUAUUUUGAUUUAUGCGUUUGAUAUAAUAAAUCAUAUUGUGUA